AUGAAGAGAGAAUCCACUUUAAAUUUCAUUCAAAAAGACGCGGAGAUUACCAUUCAUUUACAGUCACUGAAGUAUGUACUACCCCCACCACUUUUCCCUCCCUCCCUCUCUCUCUCUCUCCCUCUUUCUCUCUAUCUAUCUGUCUAUCUAUCUAUCUCUCCCACGUCACUUAUGUGUGUGUUCGCGGCGUUGUACAAUCCCAAAUCGGUGUCAGAGAGUUCCAAGGGAUAUAAUCGACAACGGCCAAGAACAUUGAAUCUUUGUUCGCUACUCGCCGCCGUCCGCCUCGCUUCAUGGAUGAGCAACCACUUGAAGCUUGAAGCUAUCCGAUCGCUACUUUCCACCCCUGUUCAGUCGGGACGCGCCGCUUCGAAAUCGCGCCUCUUUCGCUUUCAUCUGCUGCGACGACCUCGGGCAGAAGCGAACUCCUUUCUUUCUGCCUUUUAUCUGCAUUGCUCAGCGUCUCAUCCUUUGUACGGCCGAGAAACUUUCAUGUUAUCCUCUCUCACUUACCCUAGCCCUCAUCUGAACGACCUGAACUGGUCUAUUUUCUCUCUGUCCUCUUGCAACUUCGAUGCAACAAUAGACCCGACACACCUACACUUUCUUUAUUUCCAUCUCUUUAUCGAUUAUAUGUCUUUCUUCACUUUUCUUCAACAUUUCUUACUAAGUUUAUAUUCUAAACAUCUAUGCGGAAAGCCAAUUGAACCUUUCUUUAUUAUUUUCUUUCUUUCUUUCGCUACGCUCUGGCUAUAUAUUUUUCCUUUUUUUAUUAACUCUUUACCCUUUCUUUCUUUCUUUCUUUCUUUCUUUCUUUCUUUCUUUUAA